GCACACGUCAUCAUCCAAUGGCCUGCUCAGCUGGAGUCCCUGACGCAGCUGAGACUUGUCUAGCUUUCAAGUUGCUUUCUCUUUUCCCCAAAGUAUUUAACGAGGUGCAUAACUAACUCGAACGACCUACUUUACUUGCUUUUGUUUUUUGAUUUCUGAUUUCUGAUUUCUGAUUUCCUACAAAAAAAUUUACACAUCAAACGCCUCAUUGGAAAAAAGGAAUACGCCAAACCAAGCCUCCAGUUUCAUAAAGAUAACUCAGUAUGUCGGGACAACAAGACAUCGGCGGUGACAUGACACAUGGUGGCGCCUACCCCGCAGGCGGGGGCUACCCCCGCGCAGACGACGACGACAUCCGCGGGGCCGCCGAGCACGCGACCCGACACGCAGGGGAAUCAGGCAGCAGCGACCUAUUCUCGAGCCUCCUCGGCGCGCUGACGCAGAAGAAGCAGGCGCUCAAAGAAGAGGAUGUGGACGAGGACGACGCCGUGAAGCAGCACAAGCGAUUCUUCGACCGCAAAGACGACGAUGGCGACGACGAUGACAGUGCCGACGACAAGAGCAUGGGCUCCGCCGCCGCCAUGCAGGCAUUGAAGAUGUUCACCGGUGGCCAGAGUGGGAGCUCUCACGAGACCAACAGCCAGAGCGCCUUCGUAGGCCUGGCCAUGGCCGAGGCAAGCAAGCUUUUCGACCAAAAGGCUUCCCAAGGCAAGGUCUCCAGUGAUAGUAGCAAGGAGUCCGCCGUGAUGCAAGCCGGCGAGAUGGCCCUCAAAAUGUACCUCAAGAGCUCAGGCGGAGGCAGCUCGGGGUCCUCGGGCUCGAGUCUACUGGGUCUAGCAUCCAAGUUCCUGGCAUAGGGCAUUGGGGAUUCCAACUAGGUACCUAGCUAGCGUAUGAGACGACACCACCUUGAAUAGAGCGAGUCUGUGGACCGGUACACGGAGUAGGUGUACCUACUUAAUCUGAUGAUCGCAAGUUUCCCGUACGUAGCCAGAUGUGACCCCGCUAGGUAAAUAAAACGUAAUAAAAAAACAAUCAACGGAAAACCUAACCUGACCUCCCCCUAUCCCUUCCAACGUGCAACCAAGUCCAACACCGAACAUAUGUGGGUACCUACCUACCUACCUACCUACCUACCUACUUAUGUAUGUAUGUCCUUAACACCGAAAAGGGGGCGGGAUCGAGAUCGUGUAACCAGCUCGUAUCCAUGCAACCAUGUACUUCCU